UGUGUAGGUGAUAGGAAACAAAAUUUUGAGCUUUUGUGGAUAAUUUUGAAAUUUUACUCAUUGGAGAACUCCUUUUUACUUUUGCUUCUAUUUAUUAUAUGAAUGCUCUUAAGAUAACCAGACUUGAUGGGUCUUUUCACUCUCAAUGAGUAUGAAAGAGUUCAUGUGGGUGGAAACAACUACAUCUUUCGCUUUAUUGAGACUGAGAAGGGCCUCUCAUGUCUUGUUGUCUUCAACUUAGAAAUUUUUUAUUUUUCGUGUUGGUGAUAAAGAACCAAAUUUUGAGCUUUUGUGGCCAAUUUUAAGGUUUGACGAGUGAAGCUUUUCUAUUAUCUUAUGCUACUAGUGAUGCACUUGUGAAGUCCUGAUCUUCCGAUCAAUUCAUAUUUUUAAAUUUUUUUUUUUCAAGGCUCUGGUUUCAAGUCAUGGGGUACUUGGAUAGAUCAUGAAGAAGAGGAUUCUACCAAGUGUAAUGUAAUUGAAGCUCUCAUCUCCAAAGAAUAUGAGGAAGCACGAUGACAAAGACCUUGUGGCUGAUUUGAUGGCUAUCUUCAUCACCGGUCAAGAAGGCUUGUGGUUGGUGAAUCAGUGAAUCUUGUGUUGCUGAAGAAUAGCAUUAAUGUUCGAAAUAAGGUUUCAAGAAUUCAAUAUAAAAAAUAGCUGUAGCUUGUAUUCUUAGAUUGUUAAUUUUGGACUUCAUUGCAAAAUGGAUCCGUUGAUCAUAAUGAGAUACGUUGUUCAUGACUCUUAUAAAGCUUUGAGAUCUAAGCCAAACUUAAGAUGACUUGAGCCGCAAUUAGGUUUGAAGUAAGCAAGUAUGGGUUUACUAAUGUAUGACAAAGGUACCAAAUUUAUUUCAAGCUGUAGCUAAGUGGUAAGACCAUGGUUCGAAUCCCAACAGCUACACAAACCUUUGAAAAUAAAAGCUAAACCAGGAUUCCUAAAUCAACCACCCAAGGUUUGUAGGGGAGUAUCAUAAAAUUCCGAAAUUUUGAUUCUUUUUCUCCCACAAGUUUCGUAAUUUCGGAGAAAGUUUGCGACUUUAUGCUGUAAUUCAACUUCUCGAAUUGAAAGAGAGAGUUGGGUCGGAAUCUCUCUCAACACUGUAGCAUCUGUUGGUAUCUUCUUCCUCCGCUCCUUCUCCGGGUAUAUUGCCUUUUGUUUUGUUAUGUAUUCUCUGAUUCUCCAUGGGAAAAGGUUUGGUGAGUUGCAGAAAUUGCGUAAUCUGAGAUUUGUUUUGCAAAGUAAUGCAUUUGCUUUUUCUAAUUUGUUCUCCUCUGCUACUGCUACUGCUAGUGUUGCUGCUGAUGAUGCGAGUCUUGUUAGUGUUGGUCGAAAAGGAAAGAACUUUACAGUCUCUUACCUCGUUGGUUCAUUGGGUUUACCUAAGAAAGUGGCAGAGUCGAUUUCGAAAAAAGUCAGCUUCGAGAACAAGUCGAAUCCUGAUUCUGUUCUGAAACUUUUGAGAAGGCAUGGGUUUACAGAUUCUCAGAUCUCCACCAUUGUUACGAGUUAUCCACGAUUGCUUAUAGCUGAUGUUAAGAAAUCACUUGGUCCAAAGCUUCAGUUUUUGCAGUCUAGAGGAGGUUCAAGCUCUGAGGUCACUGAGGUUGUUUCUUCAGUUCCGAGAAUCUUGGGCAAGAGAGGGCAGAAAACUAUCAGUGUGUACUAUGAUUUCAUCAAAGACACUUUACAUUAUACGAGUUCCAAGAGCGAGAAUUCAUGUCAUUCUUUUCCACAGGGUAAUCUGGAGAACAAGAUCAGAAACGUAUCGGUUUUGAGAGAGUUGGGAAUGCCUCGGAAGUUGUUAUUCCGCUUGCUCAUCUCUGGUGACGGACCUGUCUUUGGUAAAGAAAAAUUUGAAGAAUCCCUCAAGAAAGUUGUUGAGAUGGGUUUUAAUCCUACCUCUGCAAAGUUUGUUGAAGCUCUAACCAUUGUUCAAGGAUUGAGCGACAAAACAAUAGAUGAGAAAAUCAAUGCUUAUAGUAUGUUAGGCUUUGAUGUGGGAGAUGUAUGGGCAGUGUUCAAGAAGUGGCCAAACUUUCUGACACACUCUGAGAAGAAGAUAUUGAACACCGUUGAAACAUAUCUAGGCCUAGGAUUUAGCAGAGGUGAGUUUGUGAUGUUGGUUAAGCGCUUUCCUCAGGGCAUUGGAUUAUCCGCAGAGACGGUUAAAAAGAAGACCGAGUUUCUAGUCAAGAAGAUGAAUUGGCCUCUAAAGGCUCUGGUUUCAAACCCUGCGGUACUUGGAUACAGCAUGGAGAAGAGGAUUGUACCAAGGUCUAACGUAAUCAACGCUCUCAUGCCCAAAGGAUUGAUCGGGAAUGAGCUCCCUUCGAUAUCGUAUGUCUUCAUAUGUACCAAUCAGGUGUUCUUGAACAGAUAUGUGAAGAAGCACGAGGACAAGCAGCUGGUGACUGAAUUGAUGACUAUCUAUCGUACUUCAUAGAUCACAAGUCAGGGGCACUAGAAAGCUAUCCUACAUUAGGACUCAUAAAUCAGAUUAUCAUCCAGUCCAAGUUGGUAAAAUCUAAUAUCUGUGUUUUACAUUUUUUACUAAAUACGACUGGGCUCUAGAGCUAUAUCUCUCAGAACUAACUUUUCCUUUUCUUGGUCUUAUUGUGUUUUAGACGUAUGAGAUAUGGGUUCCUUGAAAAUAGCAAUGUACAAGUAUACCAUGGUAUGACUAGGUUAAGUUUAUUCCAUCUUUGAAUGAUUCAGGAUUCAGUCCCGUAUCAGUUUUCACCUUAAACUUGGACUUAGCUAACACUUUUAGCUAAUACUUUUGGAAAUUGAGUCUCUGUUUGUUCGUUCUUGAUAGCAGGAUAGGAACGUGAGAGUGAAUCUCUUGGUGCAGAACAAAGUCUCAGAGUACCUUUCUUUAAUUUGUGAUCCUCGUCUCUUUUUUUCAGUGAUGAAUCCAGAAAAGCAUUAAAGAGACCUAUUUGGUUGUGUACUUGAAUUAUGUAGGAUCACAUUUGGUUAUGAAAGUUAUCAGAUGUAGUCUGGUGUGCAUACAUUGGUUGGUGAUCAUAAAUUUAGUCCAAUAGAGUAACUAACCAGACUCAAGUUAAUCUGGGCCUGCUUGGUUAGUAGUACUGAUUCUUAUGAGUAUAUGAUUCAGAAUGUGAGAUUCUAGUGAAUCAAACUGGAACAUAAGUGAUCUGAAGAUGACUCGAGUCGCAAUGAAGCUAAAAUAUGAAAAUCUGGAGUAGUAGCUGUGUAUCUUCAAUGAGAAAAGUGUAUAGGCCUCGGAAGAUGGUUUGGCUAUGUUUGACUUUGAUAACUUCCUUCCAGAAGUGAAACGUAAACCACAAGAGAAGCUAGCCGAGGAGAAUACUGAGACAGCACAAGCAAAGUAGGAAGCUCAGAAGAGAAGCGAGCUCAGUUUUAAGGGUAAAGAUAUAAAGCCAAGCUACAUUGCAAUAGAAAGCUCAGUUCCUGUGGCUAUAUGUAAAGGAGGUGCAAUUAGCAAAAGCUGCCGCUGGGAAGGAACCAAAAAUCAAAGCUUUGCCAUGGAUAAAUGGAAGGCCUUUUACUUUACUUCUUAGAGCCAGAUUAAUGGAUGAAGGUUGGUCGAAUCUCAGAAAUUGCGUCAUUUGAGCUUUUUUGAGCAAAAGGAAACUGCUUUGUCCAAUUCCUUCUCUUCCGUUGCUAGUUCUGCUGCUGUUGUGAGCCUUCAAAAUGGUCGAAAAGGGAAGGUUUCUAGUUCGUACAGUCUCUUACCUCGUUGGUUCAUUCGGUUUUACUACAAAGCUUGCAGAAUCAAUCUCACGGAAAGUCAGGUUCGAGGACAAGGGAAAUGCUGAUUCAGUUCUGAAUCCUUGUAGAAGUAGUAAUAGGUUCACAGAUUCUCAAAUCUCCAGUAUCAUUACAAAGUAUCCACCAUUGCUUAUAGCAGAUGCUGAGAAGUGAGAAGUCACUUGAUCCCAAGCUCCAUUUUUUGCAGUCCCCUUCCCUGUUUCUUUGAAAUUUGCUAUCAGAAUCUAUGAACUUUUGUAAUUCUUGACCAGAAACCUUUUAUAUAAACGUAAUAAACAAACUAUAACAAUCUC